GUCUUUAACUGUAAAAUUUGUAGUUUCAAUUUUUCAAAUCAUCAAAAUAUCCAAUUAAUCACACCAAGAUUCCUCCACCCUCACAUUCCACAGUUGUUUUCUUCAUUUCUUCUCCUUGUUUUCGUAUUGGAAUCUCAUUUCCAUGUGACUCACCUCAAGUUUCUCCUGGUAUUAGGAACUUUUAAUUUGUUGUUACUUGCACAAACAAGCAAGGAUGAUGCUAGCAGGAGUAAUUUCAUCCUAGCAUGCAAAAAAGGACAAGAGUGUUUGAAACCAAACACAUUGUUGGCACUGCUAUUGUGGUUUCAAAGUCUCUAUAUAAACCUCUUCUUACAAUGAAGUUGAGAUAUAGAAGAGACUCAAAAGAAGAACAUCAAGAACAAGAAGAUUCUUUCAGUUUGAGUAAAGAUGUUUGAAUGCAUAAGAAGCUGUACGACGGUGGGAGAUGAGGAUGAAGGUGGUGUCCGUCAGACUCAGAGUGGCACGCCGACCACUAAACCAGCCGUCAAAAGCCUGACUGCACAGAUUAAAGACAUGGUGCUGAAGUUAAAGGGUGCUGACAAAAGUGGACUGAAAUCAUCUACCAAUUCUGAAGGGGUUCAAUACCCUUACAUGGGAGGAUUAGGCUCAGGCUCAACUCCUCUGUGGGACGCUAAUUUAGCCGGUGGAAGAUCAGACCAAGGGUUUAUAGGGGGAACUAGUGGUAACACAACCCCUAGAGUGCAAGAGCCAGUUGUAGCAGUGGUGGAGGAGGUGGAUGGAAACAAAGAGUGGGUGGCACAGGUGGAGCCAGGGGUUGAUGUUACCUUUGUGUCUCUUCCUGAUGGUGGAAAUGAUCUCAGAAGAAUUCGCUUCAACCGAGACAUGUUUGAUAAGUGGCAAGCUCAAGUAUGGUGGGGUGAGAACUUUGACAGACUAAGGGAGCUUUAUAAUGUCCAGACAUUCAACCGUCAAGCUCUUAACAACAUUACUCCUCCACCAUCUGAAGAUGAGCAGAGAGAUUCUGCUGCUUAUUGGAGGCUUCAUACUGGAGGAGAUAUCCCUAUGGCUGGAUGGUUCAAUGACUCAGCAGAAAGGAAUCAGUACUAUAAUCCUGCAAGAUUCACUAUGGGACAAGGAAGCAGUAGCCAGCAACAAAUUCAUGCAGCUGGGUCAUCCAUGGAAGCAUCAAGGACUUCUUCUAAAGAUGAGCUUUCCUUCAGCAAUGCAAGUGAAAUUGAAUCUGAAUGGUUGGAGCAAGUUGAGCCUGGAGUGUUUGUUACAAUCAGGCAGUUACCUGAUGGGAGCAAGGAGAUUCGUCGUAUCAGAUUCAGCCGACAGAGGUUUGGAGAUGAAGAAGCAAGGAAAUGGUGGGAGGACAACAGAGAAAGAGUGAAUGCUGAAUUCCUGUGAAGUGUCUGUGCCAUGCUGCUGAUGAAAUAAGUGAUUAUGAACUUUUGUUGAGUCCAGUCUUUGGUGUAGAGUCCUAUAUAGAAAACUUGUUUUUCUAUCAUUGGUGAAUAAGGUUUCAUAGCUUAAUAAAGUUAUUUGGUUGAGUCAAAAAAACAUGUUUUUAGGUUGAAUUUGUUUAUUGGGGGGUUUAAUUUAAUGUUUUUCGUAUUAUAUAUAUGCAUUUAAAUAAUUUCGUCUUGUUCUCUUGUAUGGAUAUUUCUCUUGUAUUGGAUUAUUGGUUUUUAUGGACACAUUGGUUAUAAUAACAACCUUAAUGUAGAAUUAUUGGUCAUUAUGC